AUGCCUUCCUCGCGCAAAGGACCCCUUCAUAUGCUGGACGUGGCAGACCACGUCGAGUUGCUGCCUGAGGAUCGUACUACCACGAAGGACAGGAGGCGAAACACUCUGUAUGUCAAAGUAUCCGAGGACGGAUUACGGGACGAUCGGUCGAUUGAUUACUCGGAAUACAUAUCGAAAGGGAAGGGUCUUAAAUCGGUCGCAAGCCUGCGCCGCGACGGCCGAAUUUCCGUCCUCUUCGACCUGAAAGAUAAGGUUCCUGACAUACCCAACGACCAUGCAAGGGACAUCGAAGAAUUUGGUGUUGACCAGCAGUGGAGAGACUGCCCGAUUCUGAACAUUGUCAUUAUGAUUGUUGGCAGUCGCGGUGACGUCCAACCAUAUCUUGCACUUGGAAAGCAGCUUGCGAAGGACGGACACCGCGUGCGGGUUGCUACCCAUGAGACAUUUCGAUCGUUCGUCGGCGAGGCGGGGUUAGAGUUCUACAGCAUCGGCGGAAACCCGCAAGACCUAAUGAGUUAUAUGGUGAAAAGUGCGCUCCAAUCCUCUGCCGACAUUCGCACCAUCUUGACCUUGGUUCCACGGGUUUCAGAUCCUGGCCUCUUGCCAGGAUUCGAGUCUCUGACAAACGGCGAUAUCAGGAAGAAUAGGAAAAUGCUCACGGAAAUGAUCCAAGGCUGCUGGCUGUCAUGCAAUUCUCCAUGUCCGGACACUGGUCGUGCGUUCGCAGCGGAUGCCAUCAUCUCGAACCCUCCAGCGUUCGCCCACAUCCACUGCGCCGAGGCUCUCGGGAUACCGCUUCUUAUGUCGUUCACUAUGCCAUGGACGCCGACGACGGCCUUCGUCCACCCCCUAGUCAGCAUCAUCAACUCGAACGCGGGCAGCAGUCUGAGCAACUAUUUAAGCUACGCCGCUGCAGACCUAUUGACAUGGCAAGGCAUCGGCGACAUUAUCAACACCUUUCGUACUUCCACGCUCGGCCUCUCUCCUCUAACCCUUCGUUCGGGGCCAAACUUCUUGGAGCGGGCUAAGGUACCAUGGACGUACUGUAUGAGCCCGUCCUUGGUUCCAAAGCCGUACGACUGGAAGAAUCAUAUUGACGUAGUUGGGUUCUACUUCCUCGACCUCGCAUCCAACUACCAACCUCCUCGAGAACUAAGGGAGUUCCUGGAGGCAGGAGGCGCGCCUGUUUAUAUCGGUUUCGGCUCCGUUGUUGUCGAUGAUCCAGCUGCAAUGUCCCAGAUCAUAUUCGAGGCAACCCAAAUAGCAGGCGUUCGAGCAUUAGUUUCAGUCGGCUGGGCACGUCCUCCCUCUCUCGGUGGCCUGGGGGGCGUCUCGGCUCCUCCAAAUAUCUUCAUGCUCGGCAACGUGCCGCACGACUGGCUAUUCGACAACGAGCGUGUCUGUGCUGUCGUCCAUCAUGGCGGGGCCGGUACAACGGCGAUUGGGUUGGCAAAAGGACGGCCAACGGUCGUCGUUCCAUUCUUCGGUGAUCAAGGGUUCUGGGGAAGUAUGAUCCACAAGGCUGGGGCUGGGCCGAAGCCAAUCCAUCACAAGGAACUGACUGCGCAAAAUUUGGCCGAGGCGAUCAUGUUCGCCACAAGUCCACAGGCGAAGCGUGCUGCGAGAAAUCUGGCAAGGAAUAUACGUGAUGAAGACGGUGUGAGAAAAGGAGUCGAGAGUUUCUACAGACACCUCCCGUUACUCAACAUGAGAUGCGACUUGGACCCCUCUCGGCUCGCCGUGUGGUGGGCGACAGAUCAUUGCAUGAAGCUUAGCGCAUUUGCCGCGCAAACCCUCGCGGACACCAACAUGAUUGAUAUGCGCUCAUUGACACUGCAUCGUCCAAGAGAGUACAGACCACGCAAUAAAUCGACCUCGGAAUCUCCGUCUGGUCUAGGAACCAACAUCUUCUGGUCUCUCACCCACGCCGUUCUUCCUUCUACAAGACCGUCGCAUGCCAACCCCGAGUCCCCACCUGAGCCAACUCAAACAGGCAUCAUGUCGGCGAUGGCUUCGAUGCACGAAGGUCUCAUGAACCCAGUGGCCAACCAACCCAUUUCGCCCCGGUCGUCUGCCAAUGACGAACUGCCUCAUCAUCGAACGUACUCGGCUGAGAAAAAAUCACCGACUUCACCUUCAGCAAGAGAUCCACGCCGCCAGCGGAGCCGUGCUGAAACUAUCAUUACCACGGUUACGGACACCGUUAUAAAAAUAAUGAACGUCGCGAAACACCCUCAGCAAUUCUUCUUCUCCCUCCCAUUGCACCCCAGUGCAUGGAAGAGCAUCCAAUCUCCCGCCGCACGUGUCCACGAGCACCGACCUCGCCUGACGCGGAUAGCCGCCGGGCGUGAAGACGUGCGCCACAGCACGGCCGCUCAGAGAGCACACAUCAUCAAGCGCUUCGAAGAGGAGAGUAGGCUGACGCCAAUGAGGCAGAAGUUGUACCGGGAGGCGGUGAGGAGGGCGACGAAAGAUGGGAUGGAGGAUGAUGCCACUCGGUCAAAUACUUCUGGUGGCUCCUCGAUCAACUCCAGUGGGCCUUCGACCAGUGGCACCGGCAGCGCCUCACCGACCACGCGCUUAAGUAGGGCCCCCGCGACCUAUGCCUCAGGACUCAAGUAUGGAAAGCCGGACUGUCAAGCUCCCAAGACAGUGAUUCGCGAGCCCGAAUCGGUGAUGGAUAACAGAGACGACGCAAGGGUAGAUGACGAAACGGGUGAGGACCUCGAACACUGGCAGCAGGUGCCCAUUUAA